ACGAAACCAAAACAACAGGAGCGCGUCGUUAGACAACACUACUCGUCAGUGUUUUGGCGCCAAAAGCGACAAAGAUAAAUGCCACGGAAUAUUUGUAUUUAAAAUUAAAGACAUGAGUUUCUCGCGCAGCGCCCUACGGUAUGCGCACACCAAUGGCUACACAGGGCUUCUCUACACUCCUCGCGGCGAGUUUAUCAUUACGUGUGGCACAGAUGGAGACAUUCGGCACUGGACUUGCAUCAGUGACGAUGAUCCACGCUCCACUUGCUUGGGCGAAUUCGUCAUGUGCAUGGCCCACACGGGAACCCGGCUGCUGGCCUCCACGGAUCGCAACACUGUGCACGCCUACACCUUUCCCGAGAUGGACAGCGAUGGCAUACUCAUGCGGUUCACGGCUCCUGCAACGUGCCUCAAGGUUGCCGGGGGCUACACGGCUGCCGGGAGCGAGGAUACCACCAUUAAGGUGCUCAAAGGAGAGGCAGCUGGCAAUGAAAUUAUUCUGGAGGGGCAUUCGGGACCGGUUUUGGCGCUGGAUAUGGCCGUGGAGAGAAGACUGCUUGUUUCCGUGGCAGGAGACGGUCAACUGAAGAUUUGGAACUUCGAGGAGGGUAAGGAACUAAAAAGCAUCGGUGGUCUGCCAAAAGUUAACAGUUUCGAGAAUGCAAGUCUUUAUGGCACACCCCAUUUCGAACCACAUAGCGGUGAAUUCCUGGCGUAUGCUUUGGACAACGAGAUUGUGGUUCUAAACACGGCCAACUGGGAGGUGGCCUUCAAGCUGCGCGAUAACUCGGUGUCCAGCAACUACAGCUGCUGCCAGUUCUCGCCUAACGGUGAACACCUGGCCGCGGGAACAACCAAGGGCGAGGUGAGCAUUUUCGAUGUCAAGAAGCGAAAGGCUGUGCCAGUGGAGAUGCCGCCCAAUGACUGCAAUUCCAUAACGUGCCUGGCCUGGAAUCGUUCUGGAGAGGAGGAGGUGGCCUUCUGCGAUGCCACUGGGCAGCUGGGCACCGUGUUCCUCAGCGAUGCAGCCGACUCAGGCGGUGCGGAGGCAUUGGAGGAUCACCAGGCCGAGCUGUUGGGCAAUGACUUCGAGUUUGUCGGUGAUGAUGACUUGGAAGGCGCAGCCAAUGACGGCGAUGGUGUUAGUCUGGAGCAGCUGAAACGAAAGGUUAUGAACUUUGCUGAUCCCGUGGAAAACGAUGAGACCUCAAACCAAUCCCUGGCCAGCAGCAGCCGAAGUGCUCCAGCUCCGGCUGCCCACCAAAUCAAGCUUUUUAAGCAGCAGAUGGCCUUCCAGCCAAGCGCCACGCCCAGUGAUCUGGACCACCGCUAUAUGGCUUGGAAUGAUGUGGGCAUUGUUACUGCCCAUGUAGAACCCUCUGGCGAUGGCGCUAUCGACGUGGAGUUCCACGAUGCCAGCAUCCAUCACGCCCUGCAUAUCAGCAACUACAAUCAGCACAAUUUAGCCAGUGUGAGUAGUGGAGCUUUGGCCCUGGCCUCCAACGAAUCCAGCAAGCUGGUGGUGAUUGCUUUGGCCGCAGCCGGAAACAAGGAGUGGUCACUCAGCCUGCCGGACUGCGAGACUGUGGACGCCCUAGUCGCCACCAGUCAUUUAGUGGCCGUGGCGACCAGCUCUAGUUUCCUGCGUAUCUUCAGCGUGAUGGGCACACAGCGGGAAGUGCUAACCAUUCCGGGACCUGUGGUGGCUCUUUCCGGGAACGAGCACAGCCUGAUGGUAAUUUAUCACAGUUCUGCGCCUAGCCAGACGCAGCAGCAUCUUUCCGCCAUGCUGGUCAACACAAAUGGCCUGAGUUUGCGCCUUGAGCAUCUGCCAGUGCCGUUGACCCCGGGAAGACAGCUCGCCUGGCUGGGCUAUAGCGACACCGGAUCACCGAGCAUCGCCGACAACAUGGGUCUCCUGCAGUUGUACCGUCGAAGCAGCAACGCCUGGUUCCCCAUUUGUGACACCAUGAAACAGAGCACCAGUGUGUCGAACAACUACUUUGUGGUGGCCGUUUCUGAGCGCCGUCAGAUAGUCCAAGCGGUGUUGUGCCGUGGCUCCUCCUAUCCCAUGACCAAUCCAAGGCCCAUGCUUCAGGAGCUGCGCAUGCAGAUCCCGCUCUGCGACAUCGACGUGGAAAAGUCCGAGCUGGAGGAUGCCCUGCUUCGUUCGAGUCUAAUGCAGGUGGAGGGUGCAGAGAAGAUGCAGAGGGAGACGGCCAUCAAGUUGUUUGCCUUAGCGUGCAGCAGCGAGUGCGAGACGCGGGCUAGGGAGCUAAUAGAAUCGAUUGCCUGCACCGAUCUGCUCCAACUGGCGGUAAAAUAUGCUACAAAGCGCGGACGCAUUCACUUAUCCGAUCGCCUAUGCGAGUUGCUGCCGCAAUUGGAGGCUGUACAAGAGGCUCGGAAGCAACAGACUAUGUUGGGAGCCAGUGGCAUUGCUGCUACCAUUGUCCUGCCCAUGACUCCCACAUCUGGCUCGCAGUCGGGUCCUAAGCCUAAGGCCAUCGAGUUGAGCUCGACCAAGCGGGGCUCCUUGAAGAGAUUAGUUAACUCACCAAAUAUGUUUAAAUCAGCUUCGGUGGCAUCUCGUCCGUCUACUCCGGAUAUUUUACAAUCUCCCCUGGAUACCCAGGAGAAUAUAUUCGGCGAAUCCGAGUCCGAGGUUCCCAUGGGAAAAACGCCGGAACACAGGACUCUUUUGAAUUCGGUCAAUCCGUUCGCCAUGAAGCGCAAACUGGGUGAUACUGGAGUUAUUUUUGGAUCCGAGAAGCUCAAGUUGGCCAAGAAAUAGUUUAUUUGUAGAUUGUUAAGUAGGUUUAAGGCUUAUAUUCUAAAUAAAAGAAAAAAUCUUGUCCCUUA